AUGGCCGUAGACGACGGCGCCCGGCCCGCGGAGCCUCAAGAGCCUCACCCCCGGCUCGAGCCCCUCCCUGAACGCGCCCGCCCGCCAGCCAGGCCCUCCUCAGCCCUCUGCCCGCGUCCGUGGCCCGUGGUCCGUGGCCCGCAGCGGGGGCCCAGGGCCGGCAGUGGCCAGCGUUUCCCCGGGACCUUCUCCUCUCCCGGUCCUGCUUCAUCGGCGGGACGCACUCUGCCACCGGGCACACCGGGCGGGCCCCUGGCACCUUGGCUGGCCCGCAAGCCUGCUCCUCCCUCUCCCUGGGCCUCGGGCGGGUCCGGUGAGGGUGUGCACGCGUCCGCACCUCCCGCUCCCCCCGCUCGGCUCUCCACGGCUGCGGGCGCUGAAGCCUCGGGACCUUCUUCCUUCCGGGGCAGGCUCUGCCUUGGCUCCGCGACUCGCCCCACCCGUUGCCAGGUCGCCAGCCCCUGGUCUUUGGGGCAGGCAGCUUGGAGCCCUCCUCUGACCCGCAGGCCAUUUCUGUGCCUUUGGGGGGUCCUGGUGGGGAGGUGGAGCUGGGGGGUGGGGUGUGGGGGUGAGGGUGGGAGGAGGGGUUCGUGGCCCUGCCCGGGCUGCGCUCUGCCGCUUUCUUUCCUGGCUUCCCGGGGAGGGGAGGUGCCCAGGCAGGCGCAGGCAAGGCGGCCGGAUCCUUCGGGUGGGUCAUCCACCGGUCCAGACAGGGUGGACACCCUCCUGACGCUGCUCCCAGGAGGACAUCCACUCCUCCCAGAGAGUCCAGGAAGACAGGAAGGCUGGGAUCGGGUUAGCGAGAGCUUGUGGGCGGGCGGCCAGGAUGGACCUUGGUUCCCUCUCUGGAACUUGGAACGCCAGCUCGUGGGCUCCAGGUUCUGCCCCCACCCCCACCCCCAUCCCCACCGCCAUCCAUCCAUCCAUUCAUUGCAGACACCGCCACGGUGUGAAGCGGUGGGGGCGGUGACAGGCCCAGGGCCAGAACUCUCUUGGGCUAUCUUAGUGCCACCCGGCCACCCGGCCACGGGCCCACCCAACGCUGCCUCCAUCACGGAAGAGCCAAGGGUCUGAGCGCGACCUUCUCGAGGCUGGACCGGACUGUGUGCCGUGGGUCAGAUGGCUUCUCAAACCACAGCAAGGACCCCUCGGCUCUGGGGACCUGCUUCCGCGACAGAGAAUUCCGCCGCCGCAGGCUUAGUGGGACAGCGCCUGACCCGUGACUUCCUCUUGCCCUAGGACCACGAGGUUCCAGGUCGGGCCCAUCUUGGACCUGGGUGCUAGGCCACCACCUCACUUGACUCCAUCCCUGUGCCUAGGCCUUCUGCCUUCAGGUUGAGCUCAGGAAGCAACCAGUUGUUGAUACCUGGCAAACGCUGGUGUGGUCAAGGGAACAUCUCAGACCAAACCUGAAGCAUAGUAGACUUGAACUGUCUGCCCAGAUGUCAUUUUAUGAAUUUGUUGUGAUGCCUAUGCUGUAUUUGUAUUCAUAGUCCUCUACUUUGCCUCUAUUUUUUGUGUAGUUACAGGUUUGUGCCCUCUGAGAAUUAAACAUCUCAUAGAUGAUUAUGGUAAUAUAGUAGUGUAA